ACCACCACCAUGAUCACCCAUUUCGCCCGUCGCGCUCUUGCGCAAGCCUCGACGCCCGAGGUCGAGGUGGAUAUUAACAAUCUUUACGCCAGUGCUUUCCUUUCGCCCGUCGCAAUCUACGUUGCCUCGACGGCCUCGUUCCGUCUUUGGAAAGCUCUCGAGCACUACGAUGCGUCUCCUCUUGGGCUCAAGCCUAUGGACGAUAAGAAUGGGAAGUUGACCAGAAAGCGCAAGAUCAUGCUUGCGGUCAUCUUCCUUGCCAUAUUCGGCCUCGAGGGUGCCUUCUUCUACGGCGCCUUCACUGGGUCGGACACAGUCGUGAAUGGGUUCAUUUCUGCCUUGACGUUCUUUGUUUCUUGGGCUGGUUUUGCUUCGCCCAUCAGCUACAUGCUCUGCGAUGCUGUCGUUCGUCGCAUUCCGGGAACUAAGCGCGCCAUGCCCGUUGUCACUCCUGUCCGCACCCACAGGCGUCGCAGGUGGCUCUCUUCUUUGUUCUGCGCCGCUGCGGCUGGAGCCACCACGUACACCGGUAACAACAUCGCCUGGAACUUGGCCGUUACCGGGUUUGUCUUCCGUAUGGUCGCUACUGCUCCCCCUGCCAACCGUAAGGGAUGGACCUCCGUCCGUGGUAUGGUCAUCGGUCUUCUCUCCUACAUUACUCUCGUCCUCGUCCUCGUGGCCGGUCUCCUCUUCGUCGCCUUCCAGACCGAGGGCGGAAACAAGGAGUCGAAGUCCGAGGAUUCCGCUGAACUCGAUAUGGCGAUGGACGACGAGGACGCUCAGAGGAUGACCGGCUUCUCCAACAGCAUCAUCACCGCCUUUAUUGGUAUGCUCAUCGCCCUUGUCUACCGUGCUGAGGCCUUUAAGUCCGCCGCAGCUGUCCGUCUCCAGGAGUCCUCUGAGGAACUUCAGUGGGAGAUGCCUCCUGUCAAGCACCACCGUCGCUCUGAGCAACCCCAAGUCGAAGUCACUGAGGCCACCACUGAUGCUCCCGCUUCCGAGGCGCCCGUCGAGGGCUGCCGUAGGUUCAAGCUCUUUGGUCGCAAGGGCUCUUGUAGGAAGAACGGAAUGAAGCGCUGCGGCCGUGGUCGCAAGCUGCUCAAGGUCCCCGGUGUCAUCCUUCCUGCUUCCUCUACCGCCCCCGCUUUCUCCCCUCUCACCGCACCGAUCGCUACUCUCGCCCUUCUUACCUACAUCCUCGUCCAUCUCCCCGCUCUCCUUCUCUCUUCGGAGAACGCCACUUUCGGCUUCAAAUACCUCCUCACGGCUCCUGAAGUCGAGCAGGACAAGUGCAUGAAGAUCAUGCUCGAGGUCUUGGCUUUGACGCCCCCGAGGUUCUGGGCUGUUAUCCUUGUCCCUGUCGUCGUCGGUGUUGCAUGCGUGUUCAGGUGGAGCAGCGGUGGAAAGGAGAUGUGGACCUACGCGGAGGAGUGGGUUUUGGUCAAGGCUAAGAAGACUGAGGGUGAGACCGAGGUCGAGGCUGCUACCAUUCCCGUCGCCGCGGCUCCUGCAGGCGAUGAGAAGGUAGCUCCCCCGGCUUAUGAGGUCUUGUUUGAAGCGGAUGCGAAGGACGUUCCCGCGGAUAUUAAGCCCUAAAGCCUCAGGCUCCUUCAUCGUCACACCCACACUUCGAUACGCCGUUACUGCUGUCUUGGACGAUCUUCUUUUCUGAUAUGUGUUUUCUAAUAUCGUACUCUCCUUCCGACUCAUUUCUUGCUAUCAUCUCUUCCCGCAUUCUUCACGUUUUACUUCGUCUAGUCUUAAGUUCGGUUCGAACGUUUUGACUGACAGAGGUUAUGGGGACGGAGGUGCCAGCUUUUUGUACUAUUACUACUAUUCUCGUUAGUUGACUGGUUCGAUGGGUGAAAUUAUAUACUUGCUGUGUGCAGAAU